CCAGAGGUGUGGGGUGGCGGGGGCGGGGCCGGGGUGGGCGUGCUUGCCAACGGGAGGAAGCAGUUGGUGUCUCUGGUUCGGGACACACAAGCGUUCUUCAGCCCCGUGUUGCAGUGUUACUUUGCCUCCACGGUGGUGAUCGUGUGCACGGAGCUCUACCUGCUGGCUCAGGGGGUCGGGUCCGGCCUGCUGCUGACGGAGGAGGUGGUGGUGCUGGUCCUGCUGACGCUCCAGACCACGUGGCUGCUGGUACACGUGUCCCUGGCGGCGGCGGGAGUGCAGGAGCAGGCCGAGGCCACCGGGGAUGUGCUGGGGCGCGGGCUGCCGUUCGCCGCCUCGGCCGAAGAUAAACAUCACGUCGGGGAGCUGACGCGGUCGCUGGCCGUCUCGCCGCUGCACAUCACCGGGGGGAACUUUUUCACCAUAAACCGAUCUUUCAUUUUGACGGUGGUGAGUGUUGUGUUGUCAUACUUCAUCGUGAUCCUUCAGUUCACGCAGUCCUGUGGGAGCCCCGCCGCUUCUCUCGCCAACUCCACCACCAUCACCACCAACACCACCUCCAACGACUACGAGUCUCUAAUGUUGUAAGCAGUGUUAAGGGUGCGUCCACAGUCCACGCGUGCACCGGGACGCAUAAACCUUAUGAGAUUUAAAAUUUAUGCCUCCGGCAUAAAUAUUGUGUCCUAGUACUGUUAUAUUAUGUUCGCCUACAUGACGGCAACAACGAAUUAAAAAAUGUAUACGAGAAGGUUAUCAACUUUAUUGUUAAAAUGUUUGCAAUAGAGGUGAAGCAAUGUGACAUGAGGGAGAUGCCAUUGUCGGCCUAGGAGGAUGUUGCACUAGCGCGGCAUCUCGCGCACACCUCAUCCCCACCAUAACCGGAUUUUUUUCCUUCAUUUUACUUACCUCCCUUCAUAAGUGGGUCAUCGGGGCCUCUCAUUUCUUUCAUCUCAGCUCCCCCGAUGCCCUAGCUGCCGCAGCUGUAAUCUAUACGUCGGGCUUCUAGGAUUUGAUUUUGUAACCUAAGUAAUCUUCAUCCUUGCCCCAUCACUUCUCAAUACUUAUAAAAACUGGGUACAGGCAGAGUUGUGGGCCAAUCAUUGUGGAGCAUCUCUCGGCAAUACCAGCUAGGAUCACUGAUCUUGUUUUGCCGACGAUGCAGUAAUUCUCGCGGAAUCAUUGGAGGUUCAGGUGAAUAGGUGCACAUAACAUCAUCAAAUGUGGGAUACAAACUUGGCAGAGGGACUGUUUUUGUGCCUCGAGCGGCAGUAGUGGGCUAAAGAGUAACCUAUCCAAUUUUUUUGUUUUUAUUUAUACGUAUAUGAUCCACGAGACAUCCUGGAAUUAAAUCAAAGUAUGUACUUAUCUUUGUAUUCAUUCAUAUGCACACUGGUAAUAUUUCUAUGGUGUCUGAUUCACUUAAUUGAGUGAAAUUCUAUUGUGAUAAACAGUCACAAAUUCGUGUCACUAGUAAAAUUUAAAGUAGUAAUGUAAAUUAUGGCUCCAUGAAAUAUACACAUAUAGAUAAAUAUGAAAGCUCACUAAGUCACAAUAAGUGACAUCAUCUGCUUUGCGCAGAAAAAAAAAAAAUGCUUAUUUAAGGUAGCUGAUAACCCGCAAUAUGGCGUGCGCUGCUGCCUCGGCCCACAGUUGUCGUAUAAAAUAUGAACGUAUUUUCAUGUUAUUGAUCUGUUGUUUAUUGAAUGUUCUGUUCAAGAAAAAGAAUCCUCAAUCAUAGUUAGUUUUUGGUUGUUAGCAUUCCAUACGAAAUACAAUUUUAACAUUACCGCCUACUAGUUAGCAAACGUACUGAAUCCUGAAUAGGCUAUGGUGAUGUUAGGUGCGCCUAUUCCUGCAGGCUUUCGAGGCACUUCACGAGGAGGCGAAGCCUUUGAGACUCCAGGUCUCCUGCUCCAAGUUUUUGGAGGCUUAUUGUUAAAAAAAGUAGUCUGUUCAUGCAUGUGGGGAGGACGUUGAUAUCUUUGAAAAUUUCACAUACCUUAGCAGUGUAGUUCAGAACAACGGCGGGUCUCGUCAAGGAGUCCUACGGCGUAUUGACUUGGCCCACGGUAUUAUUGACUCGCUCAGCAAGAGUAUAUGGCAUUAUCGGUACAUGUGCAGAAGGACAAAGAUCCGGCUAUUUAAGUCGCUUGUGAUCUCUGCCUUACUCUAUGGCUGUGAUAUAUGAACGCUGAAUAGUGCAUUUAAGAGGUGGAUUGAUGACUGAUAAUAAAUGACAACGCAGAAUCAUGGGAAAUCACUAGAAUGAGUUUGUGUCAAACCGGCGUUUACUCAGAGGCCUAUAACCUGCACAGUUUGUGAACACCAACCCCGGCUAUACGGGCACGUGGCACGCUACCCUGCUCACCGGGUUGUUUCUGUAAGAGGCAAUCCUAAGGAAUCAGUGGCGGACUUAGAAAAUAACUUUUUUGGGGGGGGCACUAAGCACUCGGCUUGCAACCGAAAUUUCUCGGUUGAAUAGAGAUUUGGGGUUCUAUUCCCGGGCAGAGUGAAAGUUAAAAUGGGCGUUCUCUCUUUACACCCCAGCCCCUGUACCUCCGUAGCUGAAUGGUUUCUAUGACUGCCUACCACUCCUCGGGGCACUGGUUCGAGUCCGAUUAGGUGUCUUCGGCGCACAGCCCACCCAGCUAUUGCUCCUGUUCAUCCUUCCUUUCGAGUUGGUCGGUAAACCUGUACCUGGGGAAAAUUGGGGAAGGUAAAUUGUGGGAAUCCUGACGGCAUAGGGCCAUGUGUCCCCGGGCUAGUGGAUACGAGUCCGCCACAGGCUCAAAAGGUCAAGACGGCGGAAAUGAGCACCGAUGCAACGGGCAGCAAUAUCGCAAUUUAUUGGGCAGACAUUGUGGGCUAGUCUUUGGGUUACUAAUUUUUCUCAUCCCAGCCUGUCCUCCAUAUUGUAAUUCUGAAAUAUAUUAGGUUACAAGAGGAACUUCAUUAGCUUUAUUUGUGAAGUGAAUGUGGAAGAGAGGCUGGAGGAGGAUAAAAUAUUUCCUCUUGAGGUUACUUACUCUUGAUGUCAUUUGUUUUAGCAGUGCUUUGGUAAAUAAAAAUAAAAAAAAAUGAAAAAUUGUUUGUCAGGUGUUGAGCCACAGUAAUGUAUUACAUAACAUAAUGCUACUUUAUUUUUAGGAAGAACUCAUUGCUACAUUAAAACUAAUUUAAUUCACUGUAGCAUAAGGGCCAC